CUCCAAAUAGAAUAGGACGCUUUCUCUUCAAUAACGUUACAUUUCCAAGCUCAUCAGACAUGUACUCCUCCUUUAAGAAGAUUUGACAUGUCUUGUACGGCAAUUGUAGCCUUUGAGAGAUUGCCUCACCAUUUUCAUUUUCCUCUUGUAAUGACACUUGAUAUCACCACCACUACGUGUCUCACUAUUAGGAAAAAUGCAACUUGUAUUUAUCAAAGAAGUAAGUGCCACUCUUUUUACUUUUAUCCCUUCUUUGUGCCUAAGGAUAAACGAUAUGUUCAAAUACUUUUUGUAUUACUUUCUCUAGUUAAUUCUGGCAUACAUUGGCAGUUACUAAUCGCUUUUCUUUUGGGUCCUUUAAAAGAUAAAGAUUCUUGUAACUACUGCACAUGUUAUUACAAAAGGUUCUACUGGCUAAUACAAGUGUUUGUGCUAAUGAAGACGUAUCAAAGGCCUACAAAAUAA